AAGAAAGGCCACAUUGCGCAGGCGUACACCACGUAUACCGAUGAUCAGAGCUGUCUUGGCUGAAUGCUAGCUGGCUAGCUAACGGUCUGUCAAGUCGCACACAUUGGGCUAGAAGGGGGAGAAGCGCAGCGGUGGAGAAGAAGGGCGACCCAAGCGCCGCUACGAAAUGGCCGGGCAACAGUUUCAGUACGAUGACAGCGGCAACACAUUUUUUUAUUUCCUAACGUCCUUCGUCGGACUUAUUGUGAUCCCAGCCACAUAUUACCUCUGGCCCCGGGAUCAGAAUGCUGAACAACUGCGUCUGAAGAGCCUGAGGAGGGUACAUGGCAGGUGUCUGUGGUACCGGCUCAGGCUGAUGAAGUCACAGCAGAGCAUUGUCCCAACACUCAAGAAAGCAGCCUUGUUAUUAGGCUGGGCUGUGUUCCUGCUGCUAGCCUACAAGGUGUCCAAACUGGACAGAGAGUACCAGGAGUAUAAUCCAUACGAAGUCCUCAACUUGGACCCGGGUGCAUCGCUGUCAGAAAUCAAGAAGCAAUACCGUGUGCUGUCACUCAAGUACCAUCCUGACAAAGGUGGUGAUGAGGCAACGUUCAUGAGAAUUGCCAAAGCCUAUGCUGCUCUGACCAACGAACAGUCGCGACAGAACUGGGAAACGUACGGUAACCCAGAUGGUCCGGGAGCAACCAGCUUUGGUAUCGCCUUGCCUGCCUGGAUUGUUGACCAGAAGAACUCAAUGCUGGUGCUGCUGGUAUAUGGACUAGCCUUCAUGGUCAUCCUUCCUGUUGUUGUGGGCACAUGGUGGUACCGCUCCAUCCGAUACAGCGGAGACCAGAUCCUCAUCAACACCACCCAGCUCUUCAUGCAUUUCAUGUACAAGACGCCCAACAUGAACAUGAAGCGGUUAGCCAUGGUGUUGACGGCAGCAUUUGAGUUUGACCCUCGCAGCAAUAAAGAUGCCACCAUACGGCCAACAGACAACAUCGAAGUGCCACAGUUGAUCCGUGAGUUGGGAAACAUCAACGUAAAGAAGAAGGAGCCUCCAUUCUGCUAUCCUUACAGUUUGAAGGCCAGGGUCUUAGUGCUUGCUCACCUGGCACGCAUGGACGUAUCGGAGGAGUUGGAGGAAGAUCAGAGGUUUGUGGUGAGGAAGAGUCCAGCUCUCCUCCAGGAGAUGAUUAACGUGGGCUGCCAGCUUACAAUGAUGGCCAACAGCAGAGGAGGUUUCCAUGCUCCUCGACUGGUAACCAUAGAGAACUGUAUGAAGCUGACCCAAAUGAUAGUGCAGGGUCUGCAGGAGUCAAAGUCUCCACUGUUGCAGCUGCCCCACUUUGAGGAGGAGCACCUCCGCUACUGCAUCUCUAAGAAGUAUAAAGUUCGGAGCCUCCAGGACCUGGUGAGCCUCAAGGACUCCGACAGACGCAGCAUGCUGCGCUUCUUGGGGGAGGAGAAGUACGAUGAGGUCUUGGCUGUGCUGGGCAGCUUCCCUCACAUCGCCAUGGACACCAAACUGCAGGUCCUUGAUGAUGAAGACAGCCAUAAUAUCACAGCAGGCUCCAUUGUCACAGUCACUGUCACCCUAACCAGAAAACGAAUGGCGGAAGUGUUUGAAAAGGAGCAGGACUCAUCGCCGUGUCUAACAGAGGAGGCUGCCACUACAGAGGAAGCAGCAGACUCAAGUAAAACCAAAACAAAAGUGUGGCAGAACAAGAAUAAAGGGGCUAAGAAGACAACCAAGUCCAAGAAGAAAAAGUUAACCAAGAAGAAGGCCACUCCUGCACCUGCGAAAACCAAGCAGGCCAAUGGCAACGUGACAGGAAAUGAAGUCACAGCAGCAGCAGCAGCAGCAGCAGCAGCAGCAACAGCAACAGCAACAGCAGCAGCAGCAACAACAACAGCAGCUGCAGCAGCAGCAGCAACAACAACAACAGUAGUGAAGGAGGAAGAUGACGAGGUCUCAGAUAAGGGCAGCGAGUCGGAUGAAGGCGAAGCCAACAAGGACUCUCCCAGCGAGAGAGACGAAGACAGCGACAAACAAAGCGACACAGAGGUGGACGAGAUGGCUGGCGACGACGAAGAGGAGUGGGAGGCGUUGCAGCAAAGCAUCCAGCGGCGAGAGCGGGCCCUGCUGGAGACAAAGUCAAAGGUGACUCACCCCGUCUACAGCAUCUACUUUCCCGAGGAGAAGCAUGAGUGGUGGUGGCUGUACAUCGCCGACCGCCGAGAUCAGACCCUCGUCUCCAUGCCCUACCACGUCUGCACGCUAAAAGACACAGAAGAGGUGGAGCUGAAGUUUCCAGCCCCCUCCAAAACGGGCAACUACCAAUAUUCUAUCAUCCUUCGCUCUGAUUCCUACCUGGGACUGGACCAGAUCAAACCACUCAAGCUGGAGGUCCACGAGGCCAAGGCCAUGCUGGACAACCACCCACAGUGGGACAUCCCCGACACAGAGGAGGAGGACGAGGAGCAGGAGGACAGCGACGGCAUCGAGGAGAGUGAAGACGACGACGAGGACAACGACUGAAUGUGUUUACACACACACAAUGCCCCCCCCCCUCUCUCUCUCUGGGGGCCACCCAGAACUCUAGAGCAGCCACACACAUACACACACACACACACGCACUCACACACCAAACACACACAGAAUCACCGGGGACAGUUUAUACACACAGAUCCCUCCUUCUUCUCCUCCAUUUUAUCUUUACAUGGACUGUGACCCCCCCCCCCCCCCCCCCUCCGUUUCCCCUUUUCUACAGAGACUUGUUCAUUCAGUUUCCGUUGCUGGCGGAAGAGAAUUCUGUGAAUACUUACCCAGACCCGUGUGUGAGUGGGUGUGCACGUGUGAGUGGAUGGUGUGUGUUUGUAACCUUGUAUGUGUUUGUACAGGUAUGAAAGAGUGACACACUGUGGACUGGAGGACCUAUUAUCUGGGCUCUUUUCUGGAGGGCGAGAGGGGGAUGUGUAACAGCUAAUUCAGUUUGCAAAAUUAACAAAAACACAUGACCUCCGAAUGGAAAUCAUGGCAUCGCUCUCGCUCCUAAUUUUUAAAAUCACUCUGCACCGAUGUUUUCCACACCAAUGAUACUUUCUAUUGUACACUUAAAAACUGCAGAAGUAUGAGCUUUAGCUUCGUCGGGAUCACAUCCAAGUCAACCAUCGGGAUGUUUGCUCCUUUCAGCGCAUGGGGGCACGGUUGAGUCUCGUCAGGGUUUUUAUUUUUCAUCGCUGUCAAACCAGCCAGUCACUUAUAUCAGUGUUUCCCCUACCAUUGUCUUGGCAGCGCCCUGCCAACGGAGCCCAGCCUGAAAUUCAAGGUGAAUUUCUUUUUUUCUCGAAUUUCAAAAGAAAUAAUAUUUUUUUUAUUCACAACU